AUGGAGGAGACAGAGAGAAGACUGACGGAGCAGGGGUGUGUGCGCCCUCUGAGUGGGGAUGGUUAUGCGUUGAAUCGUAGGUCUGUGAGUGACAGCUGUCCUGUUGUGAGCCCCUCUUGCCACAGCCUUGCCCACACACCAUCUGAACGAUCACCUGGACACAGCAGAGGUUUUCCCAGUCCUGUCAGUCCCAGUGUGUGCACUCCCUCUGUCCAGCCUCCAGUGUACCUGUGGGGGCCCACUUGGGCGGCCAGCAAACCCCGAGCAAGGCUAAGUCUGAUUCUGACAGCAGAGCAGCAGAUGGCAUUCUGUAGAGUUGGUGCUAUCACUCGAGGCUUCCUCACUCGCAGAUUGCUCAGGACAGAGAAGGUCAAACACCUGUGCCAGACCAUCGUGGAUACACAGGAGUUCAUCCGUUCAUUCAAAACUGAAGCCCCACAAAAGAGAUGCACCUUCUCAGCUCAAGAUCUCUCCCUGCAGGAGAGGGUUAGAGCCCAGUUACGUGCAGCAUUAUAUGACAUCCAUGACAUCUUCUUUGAAAUGCCUCUGGGAGAUCGAUUAGCGUUGCUGCAGCAGGACAGGGAGCUCCGUGCAGAGAGGAAACUUCGAGACUUGGAAAAAACCAAGUGCCCCAAAGAAAGAGCGGUUCUGUCUGCUGCCACACAGAGGUCUCUGGACAGGAAGAAUAGGGUUGGUGAAUCCCCAGCACAGCCGAGGAAGAUGCAGCAGAAGCCAAAGAGCCCAACUACCAACAGAGUCUUGAAGCCAAGCCAAUGCCAAAAUUCUUCUGCCCAAGGCCAGCUGAACCGACAGGGGAGCUGGUACAGAAAGACCCCAGAGGAGAGAGUAAAGCGCUCAGACAGCCUGAAGAAGCAGCACUCUCUCGGUUAACUGGUGACUCAACAACUCCCAUGAACAUGACAAAUGUGUCUCUUCGAAACACUGGAACUCCUGCAAGCACUGCUCACAAUAUGAUGGUCUUUAAUCAACAUUCUGAGAUUCAAAGGAUUGUGUACGCUAUCACAACACCAUUGUUCUCACUGUUGUAGCUAUCGUUUUUUAGUGAACAACUUUCUAAAGAAAAUGAUAACUCAUGUAUUUGUGCUGAAAUACAAUCCAGAACAAGGUCGGAGCUGAAGGGAAAUAUAUUCAAACAAUGAACCUGUGCCUAUAAGACCUUUGCCUUUGCUAUAUGUAAUAUUUUGGCAUGCUUAUAUUUACCAGUUGUGUUCAUAAACGUCUAGUGCUUAUAGCUGUUAGUGAAUUUACAAACACCAGAUUCAUGCUGACACUCACUAAUGUGAUUUCAGUGUGUAUAAUGUCUAUACAUAUUUUGC